AUGUUUCAAGGACAGAGCAUGUUCAGUGGAUGGAACGUGCCACGAGGCAGCGGGAUUCAUGUUGUGAUGGGCGACUGCAAGGUGCUGUUUACGGCAAACAAGAAGGAGAGGGCGUUGAUGAAGGCGAAAGUGUCGGCCAGAAAUGUGAAGUGGACUGAUUCAAGCAGGGCAUUCUACAAGAAGAACAACAAGAAGGAGAAAGUGGAAGAGAAGCUGUUUACGAUCACCAAAAAGGUGCGAGGAUUCAAUUUGCUACCAAGCAAGCUGGUUGAGAAGGCGCCUAAGAAGACGACAACGCUACCUCCUAAAGGUGGUGAGAAGGUGCACAAGAAUGCCAAUUUGAGGUGA